UGAGAAGCCAACUCCUCCCUCGACGAUGGGCAAUGAAUGAGGUGCUGCCGUCCGUAUGGCUGGGGUCGAUGCAUGCCGGUAGGCCCGAAGAAGAGCCAGGUGUCAAGCAAUAGGUGUCAAGCAUGACGGUCUGAUGCGUGUUUGUGUGUGCGCAGCUGUGGACGAGACCUUUCUGGCUGGUGUCGGGAUCACACACAUCUUGACAGCCGGGAGCGGCCUUUCUAUCACAGCCCCUUCAUUUAUCAAGCAUCACAUGACGCUGGAGCUGGCGGACACUGUAUGGGACAGCGUUCUGCCGCACGUUGAGGAGGGCGUCGCGUUCAUGGAUGGAGCCGUCAAGGAAGGAGGCAAGGUGCUGGUUCAUUGCGCCGCUGGGAGUACGUUGACUACGCAAACGCGAAUCGUUCUAUGUCUUCUGCUGUCUGUCCCUGUCUUGUGUGCAUGGUUUUUUCAGUGUCGCGGUCGCCGAGCAUCUGUAUCGCCUAUGCGAUGAAGGCGCUGGGAAUGACGUAUUUUCAAGCCUUCAAGACAGUCAAGAAGGUCAGACCGAUGACGUCACCCAACACGGCGUUCAGAGCACAGGUGAGGGAGGGAAGGAGGGAGGGAGGGAGGAGCAAGCAGGAAACAGCAGCCCCGAUCAGACCGAUGUAUGUAUGUGUGCGCCUGUCACAUAAGCUCCUCCUGUACCAGAAGCACAAUUUUGAUGUGAAGUCGGCUUCUAACGAAUGGUGGGCAUUGCCACGCACACAAGCAUCACGUGAAUGGUCGGUUCCCUUGCCUUGGCUUUGUGUCUCGUCAGGGGUCGGUGUCUCGAUUCCUUUGGCAUCAGGCUCUACCGCGAUCCGUCCGAUGGCUCGCCUACCAGCACUGCGGCCACGCAGAGACACAUGGAGGUUUUCUACCGCUUCGAUGACGUGUCGCCGCAUUCACACGCUGAGGGACACAUACACGAGGACCUGGAGAAGGCACUGGGGCUGGAGGGCAGUACGGCCAUGCCAUUGGAGGGGGGCUAGCUGAUUGAGAGACCUCUGUUUUGUGUGUUCUCAUCUUGAGUGUCGGCAUGUACAGCUUUGGGUCGGUG